GAAUUUUUCUAAAAGAAAGUUGAUUGUGAAUCGAGCUCUCAAACGAAUAGGAACGACGGUCUUUAAUUCAAGAAAUAUUCAACAGUGAAAAUAAGUGAAAUAAUUACCUAUUGUAAAGUAAAAACUUAUAGUAACAAACCCGCUAAUCAAAUGUGAAAAGAUUAAGGAAAAAAGAACGACUUAAACCAAGUUUUUUUUUGAAAACUUCUCCAUUCACAAGAACAACGUCAGCAAAUUGCCGUAAAAACUAUAAAAUAUCUAUUAAAAUCAACAGAAAGGCAGUUUUUCAAGUCGCAAAAUGUGUAAAUGUCGUGAAUUUCAUAAAACAUAUACUAUUUCUAAUGUGAAAAAAGUAUGUGGAGUCCGAACAAAGAAGCCCAUCAAAAAUGGGGCUCCACGGGGCAAGAAAAAACUUGAAGCGCAGCUGCAGCAACUUUUCUCUAUAUGAACACAUACAUCUAUAUAUAGAUGUGUAGAUAUGUAUAGAGUGUGCAUCGGGUGUACAAAGAAAACGAGUCUUUGUUCUGUCCACGAAUCGAUGGCGAUGCAUCAACUACAACCACAUGAAGGAUAAGUUGAAUGGUCUUUUCAAGCCCGACUUCCAUGUGAAAAUUUCGAAAUGGAAAUAUAUAAGAGUUUCCCAUUCCAGUGUAAAAUCUCUAUUACAUACUCCCACAUGAUCUUGGCCCAUUAAUCCUGGAUGAUGGACGAGCAAAGAUUAGUGAGCUGGACUUGGCAGGAUUUGGUAUUUAUGACUACUAUUCUACUUGCUAGCAAGCAUCCAUCGCUAACGACCCACCAAAAUCCACAAAUCAACCACAACAUAUACUAAGUAUAUCCCAGGCAGUGUAAAAGCGUAUCAUGCUACCAACCAUAUACCAUAUCUAUAUCCUAUGUGCAUAUAUCGUUAGAACGUAAGUGUCAUUGCAGGUACACCAUCAAAACCAAACCAAACCAAACUACAACAACCAGCGCAUCGCCACUAAUCUUUUUUUCUCUCUAUAUAAAAUAUGCCAUAUAUAUUAUAUAUCCCAUGUCCUUAUAAUCUCCUACCCUGUCUAUUAUCCCUUGACUUAUGAACCGUUCGCCUUGCAGUUUCCAAAUACCAAACCGCCUACGCCUGCGAAGGUAAGAAACUGACCAUCGAAUGUGAUCCCGGCGAUGUGAUCAAUCUGAUACGAGCCAACUAUGGACGCUUCUCAAUAACCAUCUGCAAUGACCACGGGAAUGUCGAGUGGAGUGUUAAUUGCAUGUUUCCCAAGUCACUCAGCGUACUAAAUUCAAGAUGUGCCCACAAACAGAGCUGCGGCGUUUUGGCAGCCACGAGCAUGUUCGGAGAUCCCUGUCCGGGGACCCAUAAAUAUCUGGAGGCGCACUACCAGUGCAUCAGUGCUGCCCAAACCUCGACGACGACCAACAGGCCCAGUCCUCCGCCAUGGGUUCUUAGCAAUGGUCCGCCGAUCUUUGGCAAUGGCAGUGGCCUAAUCCAUCCACCUGGAGUCGGAAGUGGACCUCCGCCACCACCGCGACUACCCACACUGCCUGGAGUGGUGGGAAUCAGUGGUAAUCCUGGACUGUUCAAUGUACCGUCCCAACACACGGCUGUAACCCACUCCACGCCUUCGAGCAGCACCGCAUCUAUAGGAGGCGGACGUUUAAAGGGUGUUGCCACCUCCACUACGACCACCAAGCAUCCGGCUGGUCGCCACGACGGCCUUCCACCGCCACCUCAAGUGCAUCACCAUCACAACCACCAUGGCGAAGAGACUGCCGCACCCACUAAACCAAGCAGUAAACUUCCAGCUGCUGGAAAUGCCACAGCUCCGUCGAACACCCGUAUCCUUACGGGGGUUGGAGGAUCCGGAACUGAUGAUGGCACCCUACUGACCACAAAGAGCUCACCCAAUCGCCCACCGGGCACAGCUGCAAGUGGAUCCGCAGCCUCUGGAAAUGGCAGCGUUGUGCGAACUAUCAACAAUAUUAAUUUGAAUGCAGCUGGAAUGUCCGGAGGCGAUGAUGAGUCCAAGCUAUUCUGCGGGCCCACUCAUGCCAGGAAUCUCUUCUGGAACAUGACCCGUGUAGGUGAUGUGAAUGUACAGCCCUGUCCUGGUGGAGCUGCCGGAAUAGCCAAGUGGCGUUGUGUACUGAUGAAGCGGAUGCCGGACUCUGGUUACGAUGAGUACGAUGAUGAUCCGAGCUCCACAACUCCAGCGCCAAGUGGAGGCGACUGCCUGCACAACAGCAGCAGCUGCGAACCGCCGGUAAGCAUGGCCCACAAGGUGAACCAGCGCCUGCGCAACUUUGAGCCAACGUGGCAUCCCAUGACCCCAGAUCUGACACAGUGCCGCAGUCUCUGGCUGAACAAUCUGGAAAUGCGUGUCAAUCAGAGAGACUCCUCACUGAUAUCCAUUGCCAACGAUAUGUCCGAGGUAACCAGUAGCAAGACGCUCUACGGCGGUGACAUGUUGGUCACGACAAAGAUCAUACAAACAGUGUCUGAGAAGAUGCUUCACGAUAAGGAAACAUUCCCAGAUCAGCGACAGCGCGAGGCCAUGAUUAUGGAGCUUUUGCAUUGCGUGGUCAAAACUGGUUCCAACUUGUUGGACGAGUCGCAGCUGUCCUCGUGGCUAGAUCUAAAUCCGGAGGACCAAAUGCGUGUGGCCACAUCCUUGCUUACUGGAUUGGAAUAUAAUGCCUUCCUGCUGGCGGAUACCAUUAUCAGGGAGCGCAGUGUGGUGCAAAAAGUAAAGAAUAUAUUGCUCUCUGUAAAAGUUCUGGAAACCAAGACUAUUCAGUCCAGCGUUGUCUUCCCGGACUCGGAUCAGUGGCCCCUGAGUUCCGAUCGAAUUGAGCUGCCACGAGCCGCUCUCAUCGAUAACAGUGAAGGCGGCCUGGUGCGCAUUGUUUUUGCCGCCUUUGAUCGUCUGGAAUCCAUCCUGAAACCCAGCUAUGACCACUUCGAUCUGAAGAGUUCUCGCAGCUACGUUCGCAAUACAGCAAUCCUUGGCAACGACAGCGAUGUUAGCGGUGGAGAGAUCCAGCAACGCCUUCGCAUCCUGAACAGCAAGGUGAUCUCAGCCAGCUUGGGCAAAGGGCGGCAUAUACAGCUCUCUCAGCCCAUUACCCUGACGCUAAAGCAUCUGAAGACAGAGAAUGUUACGAAUCCCACCUGUGUGUUCUGGAACUAUAUUGACCAUGCCUGGUCUGCCAAUGGUUGCAGUUUGGAGUCCACGAAUCGCACGCACAGCGUCUGCAGUUGCAACCACUUGACCAACUUCGCCAUUCUCAUGGACGUGGUGGAUGAGCACCAGCACUCGCUGUUCACCAUGUUCGAUGGCAACAUGCGCAUCUUCAUCUACAUCAGCAUCGCCAUUUGCGUGGUGUUCAUUGUGAUUGCUCUGCUGACACUAAAGUUGUUCAAUGGGGUCUUUGUGAAGUCUGCCCGCACCUCGAUCUAUACCAGCAUUUACCUUUGCCUGCUGGCCAUCGAGCUGCUCUUUCUACUGGGCAUUGAACAGACCGAAACAAGCAUUUUCUGCGGCUUCAUAACCAUUUUCCUCCACUGUGCCAUAUUAUCCGGCACCGCCUGGUUUUGCUACGAAGCCUUCCACUCGUACUCCACCCUCACCUCCGAUGAGCUUCUGCUGGAGGUGGACCAGACGCCCAAGGUGAACUGUUAUUACCUCUUAUCCUAUGGAUUGUCGUUGACCGUUGUGGCCAUCUCACUGGUCAUCGAUCCCAGCACAUAUACCCAGAACGAUUAUUGCGUGCUGAUGGAGGCGAAUGCCUUGUUUUAUGCCACGUUUGUGAUACCGGUGCUCAUCUUCUUUGUGGCUGCCAUUGGUUAUACAUUUUUGUCCUGGAUCAUCAUGUGCCGCAAGAGUCGCACGGGUCUGAAGACCAAGGAACACACCCGCCUCGCUAGCGUACGCUUCGACAUACGCUGCUCAUUUGUAUUCCUCUUACUGCUCAGCGCUGUUUGGUGCUCCGCCUACUUUUAUUUGCGAGGAGCCAAAAUGGACGAAGAUACGGCUGAUGUAUAUGGCUAUUGCUUCAUCUGCUUCAACACAUUGUUGGGACUCUAUAUUUUCGUAUUCCACUGCAUCCAGAACGAGAAGAUCCGGCGCGAGUAUCGCAAGUAUGUGAGACAGCAUGCCUGGUUGCCAAAGUGCCUGCGCUGCUCCAAGACAUCGAUAUCCUCAGGCAUUGUUGCGGGUAAUGGACCAGCAGCUGGGACGCUGUGCAGCGUUUCCACAUCUAAGAAGCCUAAGCUGCCACUGGGAGUGAGCGAGGAAGCACACGAUGAUCCCCAGCAGCAACAGCAGGCGGGAGUUCCGGUUACUGAAGAUGCAAUAAUGGGAGCCAGCUCAGAUUGUGAACUAAACGAAAACCAGCAAAGGAGGACUCUUAAGAGUGGUCUAAUGACGGGCACGCUGCAGGCGCCACCGCAGACACUUGGUGGUCAUGUAGUGCUCGAAAGAGGCAGCACUCUUCGCUCCACCGGUCAUGCAUCACCCACCAGUUCGGCCGGAUCCACACACCUAAUCUUCGCCCACAAGCAACAACAGCAGCAGCAACAAGGACCUUUGGGCGAGUCGUACUAUCAUCAGCCAGAUUACUACAGCUGGAAGCAGCCACCGACCGGAACAGGAGGAAUGAAGGCCCAGCGGGAGUACUAUAAUAAUGCUGGAGCUGCGGCUUCCUCACCGCAGCAGGCGCACGAGGUAUUUUACUGGACACAGAAGCCGAAUAGCGGUCAUGGCAAAAAGAAGAGAGGUGGAGUUCCCGCCUCGCCGAGUGGAUCACUGCAUAGUCGAACUGCAGCUGCCUCUCAGGUGCUCUUUUAUCCCUCGUACAAAAAGACCAAGCCUGGUCAGCAAGCCGGCUAUCCGCAAUAUUCGGAGGCUUUAGACCCACCCACUGGCAAUGCGGCAGCCUACUACCAGCAGCAACAGCUACGUCGGCAGCAGCAGCAUCACCAACAACAACAGCAGCAGCAGCAACUUUCCUCAGACGAGGAGCAGGCUGAGCAACAUGCUCAUCUGUUGCACCUGCAACGACGAGCUGGUAGCCAGCAACAGCUUCCCGCUCCACCGCCACAUAUGGCGCAGUACCAGCAGGAGUUCAUGCAGCGCCAGUUUAGAAAUAAGCAUUCCAACUGUGAUCUGGGCAUGGGCGAUGCCUACUACAACCAGGGCAGCGUCGGCGGCGCGGAUAGUGGGCCGGUGUACGAGGAGAUCCUCAGUAAUCGCAACUCGGAUGUGCAGCACUACGAGGUGGGUGACUUUGAUGUGGACGAGGUGUACAAUAAUAGCGUUGGCACCGGUGUCUUCAACAAUAUGCGAGCGGCAGUGGCUGCCGGUGGAAGUCGGUAUGGCGGCGGAAGUCUCAGUGGCGGCAGUGUUUCGUCCAGGAGCCAACAGCAGCAGCUCCAAAAGCAACAGCAGCAACAGCAACAGCUGGCCCAGCAAAGAUCAGCUAGGCGCUGCACGGCUGAUGAUGACGACGAUGACGAAGACGAGGAAGAGGAUGAGGAGGCAACAGCCGCGGAGCAAUUGCACGGCAACAUCUGUGAUGAGGAUGAGGAUGAGGACGAGAGCGACUUGGAAGACGAUGCUCAUGGAUUGCCACCACAGAGUGAUGAGCGGAUGCGUCGCCUGAUGGCGAUGCAGGACGAGGACUUUAAGCGGCGGUUUCAACGUCAGCAGCGCAAAAAUGGCGGGGCCUUGCCUCCAGGAUCGGCGCCAGGAGCAGGUCCGCACCCCGAGCACAACGGUGCGGUUUUUGGGGUUAGCGGCGGCGUUGGUGAGGGCUCCAUGCGUGGCGCAUACCGGCAGCAGCAGCAGCAAGUACUGAAUGCCAAAUCGCCAGGCGGUCGUCUGGCUGUGAAUGAGCUAUUCGGUCAUGGUAACUCCGGACCACCGCUGCCGCCGGCAAAUCAGACGCCAGCGCAGAAGCGUCAGCAGCUACAGAAACUGUCACCACAGUCCACCACAUCAUCGUCGUCGCAUACAUCACACAGCAACCCCAAUCCACAUCCUCACCAGCUAACCCAUCCACAUCCCCAUCAGCAUCCUCCGCAUCAUCAGCAGCGCCACCUAUCGGCCAUGCUCGAUGAGAACAACACGGUGCGAUGUUAUCUGGAACCACUGCCCAAGUGAACAGAUAACGCAACUCCCCGAAAACAGUCUUAGGCAAAAAUUGUAGCUUAGGAUCUCUAGCUAUACAUAGUAUUAGUCGUUAGUCGAAAUAUGGAGCAUUGUGUGAAACAACAUGCUGUCAUGCUAUACGUGCAGUGAUUCGAGAAUCCGAAAACUUUAUGAAUGUAUAUGAAUUAACUCAAACCUAGACCAUAGGCACACAUCCAUCCCACACACGAGGGAGGACCCAAGCUUAACCAAAAUAUUAGGUAUGUGGGAUGUGAGAUUGGGAUUGGGAUUGGGCCCUUCGACUUGCAUGCAUUUUAUACCAACUUGGAAAUCGAUAUUAAAUAUAAAUGUAUGUACCAUAUAUGUAUAAUGUAUUGUAAUACAUGUCACCACAUGCCAUUUUUAAAUACUUAAAUAAUAAUUUAAACAACCGGAAAAUCAAGUAUAUAUAUGGAUGUAUAUGUAUAAGAUCUGAGAACUGUAUGUAAAUGAUAUAUAGAAAUGCAGGCGAAUUAUGUUUUAUGUAUUUUGUAAGGAAUCAAUUGUUUUUUGAUUUUCGCUGAUUAUGCUCGUAAGAUAUAUAUAUAUAGAUAUAUAGACACACAGGCUUAAGAUUUGUUUCGUGUUUCAUAAACCAAAAAGAAAACCUACGUUUUGACAUUUUGUAAUUUUUUGCUAUCCAACUGCCGCCGUUUUACACCUGUGAACCAAAUAUUCCUUCCAAUUACGAAACGAGUGUAAAGACAUGAUUUCGAGGGAAUUAUAAUAGCAUUUCGUUGUUGCAUUUCUGUUAAUUUGUAAGCGAACCAGAGCGAAGCAUUUCAAGUGUACAUUUUCAUCAAUAUAUAGGAUGCUUUAAGCACACAUAUAGGGGCAUUUAUUUUAUAUAUUUUGAAAGGGACAGCUCGUAGAAUGCUUUAUUAUUUAUAACGAGAUAUUAAAUAAAUCGAAUGCUAUGUGAAUGUCUUGAAAAAUUGCAUUGCAGGCACCAAAAACCGAAAACGAAACCGAUAGAUCAGCAUACGGAAAUACCUAUAUAGCAAAGAAAGAUUUCAACCAAACCUCACUUGUUAACUAGGAACUAACUGAAAACUCUUUAAACACUAGCCAGCUAAAAUCCACACACUCACACACUAAGCUGUACUAUCCCUAAUCCCUGAAUGGCAUUCUCUCUAGAAUUUCACGCAUGUGUACAAAAACCAAAUAAAAUAAAGUGCAAAACAA